AUGUUGCAUUCGGAAGACAGACUGUUAAAGAAUUUCAUUUAUAUUUGUCAGGCUGGUCGAGCACAAAAUGAUGUAUCAUCAUCACCCAAGAGUGACUCUGCUGAACCAUCUGAAGAAGUUGAGACUCCAAAUACCACACCAAAUAAAACAUCUGCUGUAGCACAGAGCCCAGAAAAACCAGAUUAUAAAUCUGAUGACUCCGACGCUGGUAAAAAAUUUGAUGUGGCAACAAAAGAUGAACUCUUACAACUUGCAAAGAAGCAAGAAAAAGCUCUGACACGUUAUAAAACCAAAUUUUCUGAGGUACAGUAUAACUCCUUCCAGGGGCUGACUGUUUGGUUAGGCUUUAUCCUCCUGGGUUAAAGAAAAUGUCAAACUAAAGUUUGCAACAAAUUGUGUACAGUAUAAAUUUGGAAUGUUUUUCUAGAAAUCUUAUUCAAUAUGAAGAAGUUCUAUUUUCGAAAGUUUGGAAAUGUGCAGACGUGCGCAAAAUACACAAAUCAAAACACUAGGUUAAACCCUGUGCAUGUUAACCCAGGGUUAAGCUAACCAGCUUUUGAACAACCGGCCCCAGGAGAAUAAUUCUUAACUGAUGGCUGACUGUAAAAUAGUAAUGUACAACAGUGAAAAAUACAAGUACAGUAUGUUAAAAUAAGAAACAAUCUUGCAACAUCAUUGUUCAUUCUUCUUUAGGUUGUGGAUGCGUACAAAAACUUGCAGAAAGAAAAUGAAAAGUUGCAGGUACUGUGUUGCUCCAAAACUAUACGACAAUAUUGAUCUGUCGACAACUCCAUGUACUUUGUAAGCAAACAUUGUGACAUUUUUUUGAAAAAGAGAGUACUGUAGUAGUUACACACCACAAGGAAACAUUUGAGAUUUGAGAUUUUCAGUCGUAACUGGCUGGCAGUUGUAUUCACAAUAUCAACGAUGUUGAGGACACCCGUGGGACCACGAAGUAUUCGUACUUUUUGUCUUGCAUGAAGAAUUUCCUUGUUUUGAAGGCGCGUCGUUGACUUGCCGCGUCGUAGAUCGACUUAAACUCUCUAUUAUAACGAAGCUCAUGCGGUUUCUCCAAACACGAGGAAAGUUACAAAGUUUUGUUUAACAUUGUGUAGAAUGUCUAACGAAUAAAAUUAUUAUUAAUUACUAAAACUGUGUAAAUACUGUUUCGUUUAUGACAGGAGACAUUUCUUAACUCACGUCUGAAUGUUGUUGUUACUCUGAGUGUGUAUCCACACUGGGCAGGCUGAAAAAUUAGCUUGACCACUCAGAGUAAGAUCAUGCAUAACAACAUUAAUUCACCUGAGUACAUAACAUCAAAACACACACAAAACAAUCAUGAUCAUAAGAACACAUUGGUAUGGAAGGUACUGGACUUAGUUCCGAAAUACCACACACUCGAACCGACUUGACCUCGUAGCUCAGUUGGAAGAGCGUUGAACUAUAGUAUCCCAAAGGUCGCGGGUUCGAUUCCCACCGUGGUCAGGCUAAGUUUUCAGUCUGCCCGAUGUGGAUAUACACUCAGAGUAACAUCAACACCAUUAUAUUCACCUGAGUACAUACAAUCAAAAGUCAAAACACACACAAAAAAUCACGUCUGAAUGUCGCCGACUGACUAGAUUUCCCAUUUUGAUUAAAUUGCCGAUUUUUUCCUUGCAUAUUUUGUUUAGCAUAAUCUUGGGCAAAGCCAGGAUAAGCAGAUCAGAAAAAUCUCAGAGUUAAAGGAGGUAUUGUAGUAUAUCAUGCUGUUGUUUCUCAAAUUAUACAUGACUGUUGUUAUGCAAAACUACAUGUAUUUCUGCUUUUUUGCAGACCAUUGAACUUGAGAAGAAAGCAAAAAUGCACAUUGCAGAUUCACUUCGCGUUGCUGUGGAGGAAAAGGAUGAUCUUAUUAACGUGUUAAAAACACAGGU